GAACGGCACGGACUACGACGUGGCCUUCACGGUGCGCAUCUCCCUCUCGAGUGACGCCGCCCCCACGGCGCUCACUCUCAACAGCGGCAGCGCUGUCACCACCGGCGCGACUCUGCUGGACUUUUCCACGGCCACGGGUGCGGACGGCGCGUCCCCCCCUGCGUGGACCAGCGCGGCCUCGGCCUCCCCUGGCAGCGGCCCCAUGGGGCGCGCGUGGGGCCGCCUGCAGCGCGCAGUGGGGCGCUCUGCGCGCACGGCAGGGCUGCACACCUUCACUCUCACGGGCGUGUGGCGCGCCGCUGCCACCGUGGCUGCUGCGGACGGCGUGCAGACGGUGAAGGACGUGGCGCUGGCGGUUGUGGCGCAGCCCACCGCCUUCUAUGCUCUCGUCGCUUCCCCCGGGUUUGAGGCGGGUGCUGCUAGGGGGCAGUUCCAAAAGGCGCCCAAAGGAUGGGCGUUCGGCCUCAGAAACUGA